AUGGCGCCGACGUCGCGACAUGGAGGAGGCAGUCCACGUGGCGGCACGGAGAGCGUCGCACAUGCGUUUCGCGAAUGCGUGGACGACCCGGUGCGAGGCGUGCGACGUCUGGCGACGAGUCACGCGGCGAUGCAGGUGCAGCGCUGGGCGAUGCUUUCGUACGAAACGGCGAAGAACAAUGUCGGGGCCGUCUGGCGCAAGUAUCAAAGCGGGGAGCUCUUUAGCGCGCCCACAUUCGAGUCCGUGAAAAUGGGUUCAUGUAUGACACUCCCUCAUUCCCUCCUCUCUCUCAUCCCCACCACACUCUCAUAUUCACCAAACACUCUCAUCCCCUCCACUCUCUCCCGUUCUUUCCCUGUCAUCCUCUUCUCACCCCAACCACCCCCCACCCUCCCCAUCAGGCCCUCCCCUCCCCGCAUUUCCUGCUCCCUCUCCCCCUUUCCUCCUCCCCCCUUCCCCCUCUUCCUCCCCUUUCCCCCUUGCUACCCUUUUUCUCACCAGAUUCGCCCAUGA